AUGCAGACCCUCUGCAGCCUGCCCAUCGUGCGCUACCAGGAGCAGCAGGAGGAGGACGGCCUGGAGGACAUGACCCAGCUGGAGGACCUGCAGGAAGCUGCUGUGCUGAGCAACAUCCGCACGCGCUUUGAGCGCCAGCUCAUCUAUACCUACAUCGGCAGCAUCCUGGUGUCGGUCAAUCCCUACCGGCUGUGCAACAUCUACGGGACGGAGCAGGUGCUGCAGUACGAGGGCAGGGCGCUGGGCGAGAACCCGCCGCACCUCUUUGCGAUUGCAAACGUUGCCUACAGUAAAAUGAUGGAUGCCAAACACAACCAGUGUAUCGUCAUCAGUGGAUUGAUCUGUGGUGCCAUAACCUCGCAGUACCUGCUGGAGAAGUCCCGCGUGGUGUUCCAGGCCAAAAAUGAGCGCAACUACCACAUCUUCUACGAGAUGCUGGCCGGCCUCCCUGCCCAGCAGCGGCAGAAGUACUGCCUGCAGGGCGCCGAGACCUACUACUACCUGAACCAGGGUGGGAACUGCGAGAUCCCCGGCAAGGAUGAUGCUGAGGAUUUCCGACGGCUGCUCAACACCAUGGAGGUCCUGAGCUUCAGCAUUGAGGAGCAGAACAGCAUCUUCCGCAUCCUGUCCUCCAUCCUCCACCUGGGCAAUGUCUACUUCGAAAAAUACGAGACGGACUGCCAGGAGGUCGCGACGGUGGUGAGCGCCACGGAGAUCCAGACCGUGGCCGAGCUGCUGCAGAUCUCCCCCGAGGGGCUGCAGAAGGCCAUCACCUUCAAGGUGACGGAAACGCUGCGGGAGAAGAUCUUUACCCCUCUUACUGUGGAAAGCGCCGUGGAUGCCAGGGAUGCCAUUGCCAAGACCCUCUAUUCCCUGCUCUUCGGCUGGCUGACGGACCGCAUCAACAAGCUGGUGUACCCCAGGCAAGAGGCCCUCUCCAUCGCCAUCCUGGAUAUCUACGGGUUUGAGGAUCUCAAUUUCAACAGUUUUGAGCAGCUGUGCAUCAACUAUGCCAAUGAGUACCUGCAGUUCUUCUUCAACAAGAUCGUCUUCCAGGAGGAGCAGGAGGAGUACAUCCGUGAGCAGAUCGAGUGGAAGGAAAUCCCCUUCAGUGACAACCAGCCCUGCAUCGACCUCAUCUCCCAAAAGCCCUACGGCAUCCUCCGUAUCCUCGAUGACCAGAGCUGCUUCCCCCAGGCCACGGACCACACUUUCCUCCAGAAGUGUCACUACCACCACGGGACGAACCCGCUGUACACCAAGCCAAAGAUGCCGCUGCCGGAGUUCACCAUCAAACACUAUGCAGGGAAGGUGACCUACCAGGUGCACAAGUUUUUGGAUAAAAACUAUGACCAGGUGCGGCAGGACGUUCUGGACCUGUUCAUCAGCAGCAGGACUAAGGUGGUGGCCAACCUCUUCUUCGGCCAUGCCCAGGUGCUGGCCCGGCAGAAGAGCCUGGUGGGGAGGAGCAGCACCAGGACGCGGCGCUACAAGGCCCCCACCGUGGCUGCCAGGUUCCAGCAGUCCCUCCUGGAGCUGGUGGAGAAGAUGGAGAGGUGCAAUCCCUUCUUCGUGCGCUGCCUCAAACCCAACAACAAGAAGGAGCCCGGGCUCUUCGAGGCCGACGUCGUCAGCAGCCAGCUCCGCUACUCGGGCAUCCUGGAGACCAUCCGCAUCCGGAAGGAGGGCUUCCCCAUCCGCAUCCCCUUCCUCGUCUUCAUCGACAGGUACCGCUGCCUUGUCGACAUGUGGUCCAACGUCAUUCCCAAUGGGACCAACUGUGUGGAGAUGCUGAGGAACCUCUGCCCCGUCACCCCCAGCAUGUACUAUGUCGGUGUGAGCAAGCUCUUCCUCAAGGAGCAGCUGUACCAGGCGCUGGAGAGCAAGCGGUCGCGCGCGCAUCACCUGGCGGCGCUCACCUUGCAGCGCUACGCCCGCACCUUCUUCAUCAAGCGGCGCUUCCGCUCGCUGCGCCGCAAGAUCGUCCUGCUGCAGAGCCGGGCCCGUGGCUACCUGAGGCACACGCUCAUCAAGUUCAGGUCGCUCGUGCACAUCUACGUGAACCGCCGGCGGUACCUCAAGGAACCGGCGUUCGGGAUGCUCACGGCCCCGCUGGCCGCCCCGCUGACCCGGCUGGACGAGGAGCUCUGCCACGAGGCCCUCGGCCUUUUCAAGCUGAUCCUGCGCUUCAUGGGGGACCCGGGGCUGGGCGGCCCGAAGGAAGGCAGCAAGAUCUUUGGGAAGAAGCAGGACCCCCACGAGGAGGCCAUGCAGAUCCUGAAGGGGCAGCUCUCGGCGCCCAGGGAGGCGGUGGCCGCGGUGAAGCCGGGGACCAGCGCUGGGUACCAGCCACGGGCAGCCUCUGUCCGCUGCCAGGCACCCAGCGUCGUGCGAGGGUUUUUCCCCCUUGCAGUCGCCGUGUCCCGGGAGCUGCCGUCCGAGGCGCAGCAGGUCCAGACCCAGCUCCACCGGAGCUGCAGCGAGGACUUCUACACCUACCGCAACGUGCCCUGGAAAAUCUACAUCCGCAAGGAGGUUUUCUACCCCAAGGACAACUUCAAUGACCCGCUGCUGCUGGACCUCGUCUUCCGGCAGAUCUUCAACGACACCCUCUGCGACACCUGCGUGCGGCUCAGCCAGGAGGAGCGGCUCCGCAUGAAAUCCCUCUUCGCGGAAAACAAGCUGGAUUCCUUCAGCCCCGUGGCCACCGAGAGCGUCAAGAAGGAGAUCAUCGCGGCGGCGCGCGACGGCUGCGAGGUUUAUUUCUCGCGCCUCUUCCCUGCCACGGGCAGCGUGGGCACCGGCGUGCAGAUCCUGGCCGGGUCCCACGCCGGCAUCAAGCUGCUGCGCCUGGUGAAGGGCACCAACAUGCCCGGCGAGCAGCUGCGCGUGCUGCGGGGCUACAGCUACGCCGACGUGCUCUUCGUGACCACCCCGUCCAGGAACAUGCUGGAGUUCAACCUGAGCAGCGAGAAGCUCAUCCUCUUCUCCCCGAAGGCGCCCCAGGUCAAGGCCAUGGUCGACCACUUCAUCACGGAGCUCAGGAAGGACUCCCAGUAUGUGGUGGCCGUGAGGAACUACAGCCCAGAGGACAGGGGCCAGCUGAGCUUCCACAAAGGGGACAUCAUCCACCUGCAGUCGCUGGAGCAGCCCGAGAGAGGUGACGCCGGCUUCUCCGAGGGCCCGGAGGGAGCGGGCAGCGAGCGGGUCGGGGCCGCGCUCCCUCCGCGCGGGGCCCUGCCCAUGCUGGGCUUUGCCCGGCAGUAUUUCCGUGCGGCGCGGCGCGGGCAGACGGACUCCUGCGGGCAGAAGGCCAAGCAGGCUGCGGAGCCGCUGGAUGAGAUGGAGAUGCUCAAGUUCACCAAGGUCCCCAUCCAGGAGUCGCUCAUCGACUUCACCGACAGCAGUAUCAGCAAACUGGCCGCCGAGGCUUUCCAAGCUGUGAUGAGGUUCAUGGGUGACUACCCUCCAAGGGGACAGUCGGAGCUGGACACCGUCUGCACCAUCCUCAAGCUGUGUGCAGAGCACGAGGUCCUGCGGGACGAGCUCUAUUGCCAGAUCGUCAAGCAGAUCACGGACAACACCAGCUCCAAGCCCGACAGCUGCCAGAAGGGCUGGCGGCUGCUCUACAUCCUCAGCGCCUACUACAAGUGCUCCGAGGUGCUCCAGCCCUUCCUGCUGGCCUUCCUGCAGGACGCCGGCGGGCGCCCGGCGCUGCCUUUCCAGGGGCUGCUGAGCGCCUACCCCAUGUUCGGCUCCUCCUUCUUCUACAUCCAGAGCUGCAGCAACAACGCCAUCGUCUCGCCCUGCAUCCUGGCCGUCAACCAGAACGGCCUCAACUUCCUCAGCAAGGAGACCCACGAGCCCGUGGCCAAGUUCUCCCUGAAGGAGAUCCAGUCGACGCGGACGCAGCGGCCGGCGGGCGGCUCCAGCUCCCCGUACGUGGAGAUCGCGUUGGGCGACCUGCUCUCGCAGGGCAUCACCCAGCUGCAGCUCGAGCCGCCUGUCCCCAAGCCCUGGGUGCCCCUGGGUGGCCUUGGCUACAAAGGCGGCAGCCUGCGGGAGCCCACGGAGGCCUCCUACGACCGCAAGCGCAGGUACCACGAGGACUCCGACUCCGAGCCCAGUGACUAUGAGGAGCAGAAGGAGGAGGAAGAGGCCCGGAAAGUCAAAAGCGGCAUCCGCCAGCUUCGUCUCUUCAGCAUGGAGGAGUGUGCCAAGAUCGAAGCCCGCAUCGAGGACGUGGUGUCCAGGGCUGAGAAAGGGCUCUACAAGGAGCACACAGUGGAUCGAGCACCUCUUCGGAACAAGUAUUUCUUUGGGGAGGGCUACACGUACGGGUCUCAGCUGCAGCGGCGGGGCCCUGGCCAGGAGCGCCUCUACCCUCGGGGGGAGGUCGAUGCCAUCCCGGAGUGGGUGCACGACCUGGUGAUCCGCAAGCUUGUGGAGCACAGGGUGAUCCCCGAGGGCUUUGUGAACAGUGCUGUGAUCAACGACUAUCAGCCCGGGGGCUGCAUUGUCUCCCACGUGGACCCCAUCCAUAUCUUUGAGAGGCCCAUCGUCUCCGUGUCGUUCUUCAGCGACUCCGCGCUCUGCUUUGGGUGUAAGUUCCAGUUCAAGCCCAUCAGGGUCUCGGAGCCGGUUCUGUUCCUGCCGGUGAAGAGAGGAAGCGUCACAGUGCUCAGUGGAUAUGCGGCUGAUGAAAUUACACACUGUAUUCGACCACAGGACAUCAAGGAGAGAAGAGCUGUCAUCAUCCUUCGAAAAACAAGACUAGAUGCACCUCGACUGGAAACAAAAUCGCUGAGUAGCUCUGUGUUGCCACCAGGUUACACCUCUGACCGCCUGUCGGGAAGCAACAGGGACCAGAUCCUGAAACCAAAGCGGUCCCAUCGCAAAGCAGAUCCUGAUGCUGCUCACAGGCCGCGGAUCCUAGAAAUGGAUAAAGAAGAGAACAGGCGCUCAGUCCUCUUACCAAAACAUAGGAGACGGAGCAACUUCAGCUCUGAGAACUAUUGGCGAAGGUCUUACGAAUACACGGAGGACUGUGAUGAAGAGGAGGAGGACGGCAGUCCGGCCAGGAAAGUCAAAAUGAGGCGACACUGAGGAAUGCACUUUCCAGGCGCACGGAGCUGAUGAGAUUGGCCUCCAGUCUGUGAAAAAUUUCUCCUCCCUCUGGCUGUUUUCCAUCUAGCUUCAGUUUUGGUUUUUCCUUUCAGGCUGAAGAAGGAACAGGAAGGAUCUAGCAAUUUAUUUUUAUGAAUGGAGGAAUGCUGAGACAUACGGAAGGAUGGAACAUGUCCAGUGCACAUGGGUCAAAUGGGCAUCUCUCCCUUAGGAAACAGAUAAUGUUGUGCCAGGCUGUCUGUUGGGAUUUUUUUUUUCCUUUUUUGAAAACACCAAAAAGUUUUAAGUGUUUCAUUGCGCAAGAUUCAAGAAUUGUAUUUUUGUUUUUUGCUUUAACUUUCUUCCUUUUCAAAUGUUCUAAAUAUGAUGUUUGACCCCAGGAGCUGAAACUCUCUGCGGUGGCCUCGUAUUCCUUGCUUCACCAAAGGGCUCCUCGGUCUGCUCUUACCUAGUUGUUGUUGGGUUGUUUUUUCAGGGUGCCCUACAGUAACUGGAAGUUUGAAGCUUUGCAGACCCUUCUUCUGCAAUUGAUUACAAAAGGGUUAGGACGUUUUUGUUGCACUUUAGUACCAGUUUUAAAUGCCGUAGACUUGCUUUCCAGUCCCUGUUCCCAAGCCAGCUCGGGCUCACAGCCUUCUGUCCCC